GUUCUAUGCAAUAAAGAGAGUGACAACUGCAGAAUUAGGGCUUGUGGGCGGUCGUUUUGAAGAAGAAAGAAAGAAGACAGAAUUCGGGUUGAAAAUGGAUUGUUCGAUGGGUUCAACGGGCGCAAUCGAGUUGACGGAGUCGGAAUCGUCGGUGAAUCUGAGCGGCGGCGUGCACCUCCUCCCCUGCACCAUCAAGCACGACGGGCCCUGUGCCGUUUCUCACUACUUCAAGCCCAGAGCAACUGGAACGGAGGCCGAUGGGUUGGCGGUGCAGGAGGCUUACUUCCGGGGGAGGAAGUUGCAGGGCGCCGCCCUUCCGCUUCCUCAUGGAUAUUCCGGUUUUGUCAUAGGAAAGAAGACUUCUGGUGAGACAAGUGGUUCAGAAAUCUCUGAAGGGAACGUCAACUUUUGGGAGAUGAAAGCAAAAUUUGGUAGUGUAACAUAUUGGAACCACGACUGUCUUCCAUCACAAGAUGAUGCAUUUUUGCGUUCUUUUCACUGGAUUGCUGUUGCAGAGGCGCUUCACAAGCCAGUGACAGCAGAAGAUUUAGCUACUUCUUCAGUCCAAGGGAAAACUCAAAUUGCUGAGAAUUAGAAUGUGAUUGCUGGCUCUUCUCUCUGUGUGUGGAGGUUGGACAUUUGGAGUGAUACUAAUACGGGCCCUUCAUGCCUUCUUGCUUCCAUUGCUGAACUUUGUCAUGAUCCCUAAUGGCUUGCAUACUCAUGUCGUUUGUCCGUAGUAAAUGACCCCAAAUCAUUACCCCCAUACUCCUAAGUUCAGCUCAGUUAGUUCUCUGUCCCCUGUUUUUUGUGAUUGGAAAGUGGCAUCUGUACAAUUGAUGGUGAUCUCAAAAUCAUCAUAACAUAGUUUUGUAAAAAGGAUAUUUGGAGUAAACUAGAAGCCUAGCAAGGAAGGUCGAUGAAAGCAUUCAAAAAGGUUCAUAUACUCAAUUAGGGCGAGCAACUUGAUCAGUUGACAAACGAUUUUGUUGCUUUUUGAAGCAUAUACGCCAAAAUAUGUUGCAACUUUGAUCGACUCCCUCUUGUUGA